UGUUUUUAAUGGUGAAGCAGUAGUUUCCACGGUUUUUAAACACGAUGUCUUCCGGCUUGUGUGAGCAUUUUAUACUUACCACAAAGGAAAUGCCCUUCAUUCAUCAUGAACAACAAAACAAAAGCUGCCCCCACAUACGUCAGCAGAAUUUAACCAAAGUCUAAGUCCUAUGUACACAACAAUUGACGUUGAUUCUUGUGAUAUAGAGCAUGUCAAAUAUGACGUCGAACAUUCCAGGGUCUUCCAGCGGAAACCCUGUCAUCCGUGAGAAAUAAAGUCACAUGUCUCUAAUCUCUCGAGUAUUGUUAUCUUAUAAGCAUGUAAACAAAGCAAAAUUUGCAUUUGACGAGUUCACACAACACCGGCAGCAUCUCGGUCUGAUCUCUGUAUUCGCGCCAUCGCCAUGAACAAGUGGAUGAUAUCUCGAUAUAAGGUUCGAUUUAAAGGUCGCGGUGUCGAUGUGUACAGUGGUUUCUACGACAUACUGGCUUGGAUUGUACAAAUUCAGUUAGAUUCUUUAUACUUGUUUGGUUCGGUGUUGUUAGCACUUCAAGUUAUGUGGAGGAAAUUAUUUCCAAUUUCGCAGCAAAAAGUAACGAAGACAGACAUCUCUCUCUCGUCAGAACACUACGACUCUCGGACUUUUACCGUUAGAGAGUUACAGCAGUAUGAUGGUAUUCAAGAGAAAAGAAUAUAUUUUGCCGUCAAUGGAAAGGUGUUCGAUGCUACAAACACAAAGGACAUUCAAUUUCUCGACGGACCUUUCAACUGCUUUGCGGGUCGAGAUGCCAGUCGUGCGUUAGCAACCUUUACUCUAACUGAACAAUUGAGUAGCUUAUCUGAAAUGGACGACCUGUCGGACCUUAAUCCUCUCCAAAUGGAUAGUCUGUUUCAUUGGGAGAUGCAGUGUUCAGAAAGAUACCCACGUGUAGGAACACUUGUUCGAAGUCAUCAGCCACGUGCUCUUCAAUACGCUUGCAUAAGAACAAUUUGCGCCUCUAUUAGUGAACUGAAAGGUCCAUUAAGAGAGAAGGUGGCAGCUGAGCUCCCUCUACCAAAACUCCUCAGGAAUAAAAUUAUAUCGUCUAGAUAGAAUCCGCCAGCGUGUAUCCCGUCUCUAACCAGCUGGCUGGUACCUCAGAGAUAAUCAAUUAUGACGCCUAAGGUGCUAUUUUCUGAGCAUUUUUAUAGAAGUGGCCUUACGCUGUAAAAAAACGCCAAAAAUUUCUGUCAUUUCAUGUAACGGAUAGUGUGGGUUUUAUUGAACAGACAAUUAAGCUUAUAAGCAUUGUAUAGGGCUUUGUUUUGUUUUGUUAUGCACUAUUUAUAUAUCGCAGCCUGUCAAAUAUUUUGAUCUUGUUCAAGUAGUCAGAGGCGAUGUGCCAUUUGUAUUCAUUGUUAACAUGGAAUAAUGGUGGCAGUUGUCCAAGACUGAGUGAUUGUAAAUUGAAACAAACGACUCAACACAAAGGAAAAGCAUAAUGCCAUUAAGGAUGGCUGUAAGUCGUAACAUCAUAAAUAGCUCGACACAGCCAGCCAGCAGCUGCACCGCUGGUUAAAAUAGCGCUGGAAAAUUAUUUUUAGAUUUUCAAUUUUAAUGACAAUAAAGAGAGAAUGAAAGAUAAA